AUGAAAGACGGACUUGUCAACUAUGAUUGUCUUCGACGCAAGAGAUUGGAUGUGGAACAUCAAGUGGAAGUGAAAGCUCAUUCAUUCCAAGAGUGUUUAGACGAAUGUGUCAAGAGAUUGGGUCACUCUUGCCAAGCUGUCACCUACAGUUCCGGAUAUUUAUCUUGCCGAUUUAGUACAGAUCAGGACAAUAAGAGAAGUGGACGACCAAAACUAGUGGAUGACAAAUAUUACGAUUACUACGAACUUAAGUGGCUGCGAGGAGCUCCUAAUCAAGGACAUCCAGGAGGAUAUCCAGGAGGAAGUCACGGAUAUCAUGGAAAUCAUUUUGGUAGUCGUUCUGAUAAUCCUGGAAAUAGCUACAGUCCCUUUGGACCGGGUGGAAAUUAUGGAGGACAAUUCGGACCUGGAUACAUUCAAAACAGUAACUAUGGACAUCCUCAUGGUGGAGGGUAUGGCGGAAUUCAACACGGCAGCGGUUAUGGUGGAAUGCCUCAAGGAAGUGGUUACGGCGGCAUUCAUCAUGGUAGCAGUUAUGGAGGAAGACCAGGAUCUUACGAGAGAAAUUGGCACAGACCAGGACCAUCUUACCCAUAUGGAAACAGAUUUCGACCUCCGAUGUAUCCUCCUCGAGGUCCUCCUCCUAUUCAUGGAGGUUAUCCUCCUCUUCCACCUCGUGGUCCACCAUUUCCUCAGGGUGGAGGUCAUCCUCCUCCUCCUCCUCCAUUUAUGCCCGGUGGCUCUCCAGAGAUUUGUAAACCUGGAAUGCUAGGAAUGUUUCGAAGAGUAGGAACUGGAUUGCGUAUGAGAAACUUUUAUAUCCGUCGAGUUGUGAGAGCUGAACGAAUAGAAGAGUGUGAAAAGGCUUGUAUGGACGAAAAGGACUUUUCUUGUGUUGCCUUCAAUUUUAGCAAUGAGAACGCUUAUAAUUUUGUAGCAGCUAUUGGAAAUGAUAUGGAGAUAACACAGAGACUCAUGAAUAAAGUAGAAGUCACCAUCAUUGCAAACCAUUACGUCGACAUAGAUUCUGACAUCACAAGUAAGUACAAAGAAACAAUCUUCAGUCACUUCAUGAGAUACAAGAAAAGAAGAAUUAAGUUGCUAUCUAUGGCUUUACAACAGAAAUGA